AAAGGUUGCAACGCUUUUAUUUUGAAGGUCCCGCUAGCGCGGCUCGAGUCCUUCACGGAGCAACAGCUGAGGUCAGCCGCAGGAACCGCGAGCUUCAGUCUGCGCACGAACCCUCCACAGACACCGCUCCAGCAGAAUGGUGAUGAGGACAAGAGAGUUGCCAAGUCAUGGAUAGAUCGCCACAAUGACACAUGAGACCCUCACAAGCUCCCAGCUGUCCUUCAGGGCGGCUGCCCUGCGAAUGGUCGACCUUCCUCUCUGCGUGUACGGCUCGCUGGGCCAGGUGAGUGUCAGCGCGGGCACCAAGAAGCUGUUGGCGGCCACGGCCUUCGGCGCCGUCUCGCUCCUCUUCCUCGCUCGCCGCUUCCAGAGGAGGAAGGGAAGAAAGAAGGCUCAGUGGGAGCAGGCUGCCUUUGAGAUUAUCUCCCCGGCACCGGCAGAAAAAGAUCCAGAUAACACGGCUCGAAACAUCACACUCUCCCUCAACUCCAAGAGUGGCUACCCCGCUGGUCUGCUUCUCAACGCAGGACACCACCGGAAGCUGUCCGGGUCCCUGCUGAGCCUGGCCUCGGUGAAGAGCAUGAACUCAUCCAGCAGCAGCACCUGUGCAAAUGUAUCCACCUGUUGGGACCGAGGGGGGGAAGCAGAUAUCUGCAGCGUUGUCAACCUACCUGUCACCACGCCUGAAAACCUGUACCUCAUGGGGAUGGAUUUAUUUGAAGAGGCUCUGCGGCGGUGGGAGGAAGCGUUGACCUUCCGCACCGGGCAGAGCGAGGACGAAGCCACUUGUGCGUCCGUCAAAGUGGGCGCGGGAGACGCCAUCGCCGAGCAGAGCGUGGAGGACGUCCUCAGUGCGGAGUUCCUGCUCAGGCUGAAGUCACUGCUGCAGAGGGCCUACAGCCUCCAGGAGGAGUUCGAGGGGGUGCUGUGCGAGUCUGAGCCCUCGUCGCACAGCAACAGCCAGGAUAAACUGGCCGACGUUUUGUCCAGAGAGGAGCUGGAUGACGCCUGUCUGAGAGACUGCAACAGCAUCGCCUCCACCGACUCGUUUGUGUCUGCUGCCGAGCUGACGGAGCACCGAGAGCUGCGGAGCGUCGUCGCUCUGGGCCAUCACCUUUUCUACGAGGAGGCCCUGCAGAUGGCCGAGGAGGGAAAGAUCUCCUGCAGAGUGCUGCGGACUGAGCUGCUCGAGUGUCUUGGAGACGUGGAUUUCCUGGCCAAGUUGCACUGUGUGCGGCAGGCGUGUCAGCUUAUUUUGUGCGAGAGAACGACCCGGAUGUUUCUCGCCGACACAGGGAAGAAAAUACUGUCUUCCAUUAUUGUGAAAGCACAGAAGAGCCCAAAGAGAUUCGAGGAGGUGUUUGAGGAGAUGAUUUCCUUCCUGGAGCACACGGAGCACUGGGAGAACACCGAGGUGGAGCUCGCCACGCGAGGGGUGAAGCACCUGAACUUCUACGACAUCGUGCUGGACUUCAUCCUGAUGGACUCCUUCGAGGACCUGGAGAAUCCACCGACCUCCAUUCAGAACGUCAUCAACAACCGCUGGCUCAACACUUCCUUCAAGGAGACGGCGGUGGCGUCGAGCUGCUGGUCAGUGAUGAAGCAGAGGAGACAGCACAUGAAGGUGUCGGACGGCUUCAUCGCUCACUUCUACGCCGUGUGCGAACAGAUCAGCCCCGUCCUGGCCUGGGGCUUCUUGGGGCCCAAGAGCUCCCUGCAUGACUUCUGCUGCUUCUUUAAGGACCAGGUCUUGUACUUCCUGAAGGACGUCUUUGACCUGGACAAAGUGCGCUACUCUUCGGUGGAGAGUCUCGCGGAGGACAUGCUGCACCUGCUGCACCGGCGCUCCGAGCUGCUGGUGGCCUACCUGGGCCCCGACUCGCUGCGCCAAGUCGGCGGGUGCAGCUCGCAGCAGGUGCAGCUGGUGCCCAGCGGCCUGCAGGAGGCUCGAGUGCAAUGAGAGAACGGGUGCACACGCACACAGGGCGGGAUAGAACAUUGAUCAUUGGACACACAAACUUGCCAUAAACUUUCUAUUCCACAAAACUGCUGAUCCGAGCACUGAAACGUAAAACACUUAAUUCACCGCGGUCACGCUUUGCGCUCUCAUGCCGCCGUGUCUGGGGAAGAAUUGUACCACCGGCCUUGCCUUCACACGAGAUCGUUGUCUCCAGUGCGUCCUCCUCCUGUUCCUCCUCAGCACCCGGUUCCAAAAUGCCGUAGAAGUGCACAUUUAAAACUAAAUCAUAGCAAUAAUAUUUAAAACUUUCUGUGAGACAUUUCACCGUCGAGCAUUGGUAGAUAUUACGAUGUGAGACUUGUUUCUGUUGUGGAGAGAAUAUUUUAGUAUUUAUUUUAUUAUACAAUUUCUGGAUUUAUUUCCUAGAGGUUGUAGUUGGGCCUGUAUGGUUUGUGCUAAGCUUAAAACAUACAGUAGUAGGAAUGCCAGUGUCGUGGAGAUCUAUUAGAUGCAUUCACACAUCCUGCUGAACAUACCAAACCAUUCAAGUGCUUUGUUUGUGACGAGCACACGCUGGUAAAUGAUUGAUCAGAGGGAUAAAUGUCAAAUAAGCGUUCUUUGGGCAACAGGAUUCGAACCGUAAUGCAAUAUUUAAAGUCUACGGGAUAUGAACAAUUAUAUUUCACAAUCCUACAGCUGUUAAACACGUUCAGAGGAUUGGCUGACAUGCAAGCCUUACUAUUAAUGCACAUAAUCAAGCCUUGUCGGUCACUGAAUGCAAGUCUUAAAUAAAGUAUCUAAAUGCCUGAUUUGUCACUGCCAUGCGCACCAAGGUUAACGCUUGGAGCAUUUUUCAACACAUGUGGUAAAGAGGCAAAUCAUCUUGAGCUUAAUGUUUGCCACUAUUUUUUCAUGUUAAAAACUCACUGGCUCAAACUCUUGCAUGUGACUAUUUUCAUAUGGACUUUAACUCAUCACCUUGUGCGCCAUGAGAAAAUAACGGCAUGUAAACUAGUCAUCUUGAUUGCUGUCAUUUUCCAUGUUGUUAUUAAAUAUUUUAGGCUGCUGAUGUCUUUGUUGUAUUGCAAUAAGUAACUUUGCCUCCAGUAUCAAAUAAAAGUCAGGUGAAUGAUA